CGUACUGAUUUUUUCCUCGACACGAGGGCAGGUGUGUGAAAUAGGUGCCAUGUGGCGCUACACAGCUGUUGCAGUGAUGGUUCUGAUCAUGGCGCGGCUGCAGUUUGACCGAGGUGGGGCGGCCAUGGCACAGAACACAACACAAAUGACCACGAUUCCAACGACACGGCAUGUUACAACAGCAGCAGCGACCACGAUUCCAACGACACAGCAUGUUACAACAGCAGCAGCGACCACGAUUCCAACGACACAGGAUGUUACAACAGCAGCAGCGACCACGAUUCCAACGACACAGGAUGUUACGACAGCAGCAAAGACCACGAUUCCAACGACACAGGAUGUUACAACAGCAGCAAAGACCACGAUUCCAACGACACAGGAUGUUACAACAGCAGCAAAGACCACGAUUCCUACGACACAGGAUGUUACAACAGCAGCAAAGACCACGACUCCAACGACGGCGAAUCCUACAACACCUAAACAAACUACUGAAGAGACUACAAAACAAACUACAAUUCAAACUUCAGUGGAGACCACAGCACGAACCACACAGGCAUCAACUCAGAUGACGACAGACCAAACAACACGGCUUACUACUGCGAGAACCACGGCAGAGACCACCAAACAAACUACAAGUCCAACUACUGCGAGAACCACGGCAGAGACCACCAAACAAACUACAAGUCCAACUACUGCGAGAACCACGGCAGAGACCACCGAACAAACUACAAGUCCAACUACUGCUGAAACUACGGCAGAGACCACCGAACAAACUACAAGUCCAACUACUGCAAGAACAUCGGAAGAGACCACCAAACAAACUACAUUUCAAACUACUGUGCUAACCACGGCAGAGACCACCAAACAAACUACAAAUCCAACCACUGCGAGAACAACAGCAAGGACCACUAAACAAACUACAACACAAAUCACCACGAUCCCAACGACGCAGAAUCCUACAACACGUAAACAAACUACACUUCAAACUACAGCACGAACAACAAAAGCAUCAACUCAGAUAACAACAGACCAAACAACACGGCUUACUACGGCGAGAUCCACGGCAGAGACCACCAAACAAACUACAAGACCGACUACUGCGAGAUCCACGGCAGAGACCACCAAACAAACUACAAGUCCAACUACUGUGAGAACCACGGCAGAGACCACCAUACAAACUACAACACAAAUCACCACGAUCCCAACGACGCAGAAUCCUACAACACGUAAACAAACUACACUUCAAACUACAGCACGAACAACAAAAGCAUCAACUCAGAUAACAACAGACCAAACAACACGCGUUACUACGGCGAGAUCCACGGCAGAGACCACCAAACAAACUACAAGCCCGACUACUGCGAGAUCCACGGCAGAGACCACCAAACAAACUGCAAGUCCGACUUCUGCGAGAUCCACGGCAGAGACCACCAAACAAGCUACAACACAAAUCACCACGAUCCCAACGACACAGAAUCCUACAACACGUAAACAAACUACUCAAAAGACUACGGAACAAACUACACAACAAACUACAUUGGAGACCACAGCACGAACAACACGGCUUACUACUGCAAGAACCACGGCAGAGACUACGGAACAAACUACAAGUCCAACUACUGUGAGAACUACUAGGGAGACCACCAAACAAACUACAAGCCCGACCUCUGCGAAAACCACGGCAGAGACCACCAUACAAACUACAAUUCCAACUACUGCAAGAACCACAGCAGAGACCACCAAACAAACUACAAGUCCAACUACUGCGAGAACUACGGCAGAGACCACCAAACAAACUACAAGCCCAACCACUGCAAGAACUACGGCAGAGACCACCAUACAAACUUCAAGUCCAACUUCUGCUAGAACUACGGCAAAAACCACCAAACAAACUACAACACAACUCACCACGAUCCCAACGACGCAGAAUCCUACAACACGUAAACAGACUACCCAGAAGACAACAGCAAAAACAACACAACGAACCACGCUGAUGACUUCAGAACAAACUACACUUCAAACUACAGUGCAGACCACGGCAAGAACAACACAGGCAUCAACUCAGAUGACGACAGACCAAACAACACGCCUCACUUCUGCAAGAACUACGGUAGAGACCACCAAACAAACUACAAGCCAAACCACUACGAGAACCACGGCAGAGACCACCGAACAAACUACAAGUCCAACUUCUGCUAGAACUACGGCAGAGACCACCAAACAAACUACAACACAAAUCACCACGAUCCCAACGACGCAGAAUCCUACAACACGUAAACAGACUACCGAAAAGACAACAGCAAAAACAACACAGCAAACCACGCUGAUGACUUCAGAACAAACUACACUUCAAACUACAAUGGAGACCACGGCACGAACAACACAAGCAUCUACAAUGAUGACGACAGACCAAACAACACGCGUUACUACUGCGAGAACCACGGCAGAGACCACCAAACAAACUACAAGUCCAACUACUGCGAGAACCACGGCAGAGACCACCAAACAAACUACAAGUCCAUCUACUGCGAGAACUACAGCAGAGACCACCAAAAAAACUACAAGUCCAUCUACUGCUGAAACUACGGCAGAGACCACAGAACAAACUACAAGUCCAACUACUGCAAGAACAUCGGAAGAGACCACCAAACAAACUACAUUUCAAACUACUGUGCUAACCACGGCAGAGACCACCAAACAAACUACAAAUCCAACCACUGCGAGAACAACAGUCCUUCGCAAGCCCGUCGUCUACUGA